AUGGGCUCUCUCAAGUCUCUCUUCACCCUGGGCGCGCUCGGCGUUGCCGCCGUUACUGCAGCACCUGAGCCCAAGCCCAAGUCCCCAAGUUGCCCGGUUGCGGGACUUCCUCCUUACCACUCCUUUGUCGUCGAGGAGGGUUGGGAUCCUGUCAAGGUUGAUAUUGCACUCCGCAAGGACGUGAAUGCCACUCUUGAGGCUGGUUAA